AUGGAUUCAGACGUGAAGAUGCAUGAUGCGGGCAUGGCGGGAGAAGAGUCUGACCUCGACGAAAAGUAUCCCAACCGCCCUCAAAACAAGUCUCCUACCCUGCCCUUCCAUGAUCUCUUCCAAACGCUCUUUCGCCCUCUCAGUGAGAUAAAGAAAAAACCCGCCGGACCACCAGGAAACCGGAGAAAGGCCGGGCCCCACGGCCAGUCGGCAGCGAAUCUCAACCCUUUUGAGAAACGGCGCGAUGUAAUAGAUCGCUUUAUCUCGAGGUGGAGGAAAGAGGUGGGCGAUGACAUAUACCCUGCGUUCCGCUUGAUUCUCCCAGACAAGGACCGAGACCGGGCAAUGUAUGGGAUGAAGGAGAAGAUAAUUGGGAAAAUGUUGGUCAAAAUCAUGAAGAUUGACAAGAACUCCGAAGACGGAUUCAAUCUCUUGAACUGGAAGCUCCCUGGUCAAGCGGCUACGACGAGUAUGGCAGGCGACUUUGCGGGAAGAUGCUACGAUGUUCUCUCAAAACGGCCAAUGCGCACGGAGGUCGGAGAUAUGCUUAUAGAGGAGGUUAACGAGAAACUGGAUCGACUAUCGACGGCAUCCAAAGAGGAGCAACAGCUGCCCAUUCUUGCGGAGUUUUACCGACGCAUGAACCCCGAGGAACUUAUGUGGUUGAUCCGGAUCAUUCUUCGGCAGAUGAAGGUUGGAGCGACAGAGCGAACCUUCUUCGAUGUCUGGCAUCCCGAUGCAGAGAGUCUGUAUAGCAUCUCGAGUAGUCUCCGUCGCGUUUGUUGGGAGCUGCACGAUCCCAAUGUUCGGCUCGAUGCGGAGGACCGGGGUGUCUCGUUAAUGCAAUGUUUCCAGCCGCAGCUCGCCCAGUUUCAAAUGCAGUCCUUAGAUCGCAUGAUUGGUCGCAUGGGGUCAACUGAGGGUGACCCUGUUUUCUGGAUUGAGGAGAAGCUUGACGGAGAGCGCAUGCAGUUACAUAUGAUAUCGGAUCCUUCAGCUCCAGGUGGUAGAAGGUUCCGUUUCUGGUCACGAAAAGCCAAAGACUAUACGUAUCUCUAUGGAAACGGCAUAUACGACGAGGCUGGGUCUUUGACCCGUCACCUUAAAGAUGCGUUUGCAGAUGGGGUCGACAAUCUGAUAUUGGACGGUGAGAUGAUUACCUGGAAUGCUGAGCAGGAUGCCCCUGAGCCUUUCGGCACGCUUAAAACAGCUGCUUUAUCCGAGCAGAGGAACCCGUUCCAGCAGGGCAUCCACCCGCUACUCCGCGUCUUUGAUAUCCUCUAUCUCAACGGCCGAGAUCUUACACGGUAUACUCUCCGUGAUCGUCGGAAUGCCUUGCAGAAAGUUAUCAAGCCUGUACAUCGUCGGUUCGAAGUACAUUCUUAUGAAGAGGCUACAACUAAAGAAGAAGUCGAAGCUACGCUCAGAAGAGCGGUCGCCGAAGCUUCUGAAGGCUUAGUCCUGAAGAAUCCCAGGUCGCCAUACCGACUCAACGAAAGGCACGAUGACUGGAUGAAAGUGAAACCCGAGUACAUGACCGAGUUUGGAGAGAAUCUUGAUCUUAUCGUUAUUGGAGGGUACUAUGGAUCUGGGCACCGAGGCGGUAAUCUUUCCAGUUUCUUAUGUGGUCUAAGGAUUGAUGAAGGACAAUCCUCCCAGGGCUCAAAUCCUACAAAGUGCUACUCCUUCUGCAAAGUUGGCGGGGGCUUCACAGCCGCCGAUUACGCGAACAUUCGACACCACACAGACGGCAAGUGGAUAGAAUGGAAUUCCAAGAAGCCUCCCACGACGUACAUCGAGCUUGCAGGUGGCGACGCUCAGUACGAAAAACCGGAUAUGUGGAUUAGGCCUGAGAACUCAGUGGUUGUCUGCGUCAAAGCAGCCUCGGUCUCAGUCAGUGAUCAAUUUCGUGUAGGGCUGACACUUCGGUUUCCCCGAUUCAAGCGGCUACGCAUGGAUAAAGACUGGAAGAGUGCGCUGUCUUUGCAGGAAUUCCUCGACCUCAAGUCCAAGGUGGAGCAGGAACAUCAAGAGAAGGAGUUCAAUGUCGAAAACUUCCGCAAGAAGCGCAUCAAGAAAACGACUAAGAAACCGCUUGCGAUAGCGGGUUAUGACGAAAGUGACGAGGUUCAGUAUGCUGGUCCGUCAGGACAUAUCUUCGAUGGACUUAACUUUUUCAUAUUAACCGACUCGAACACUCCAAAGAAGUCUAAGGCAGAGCUAGAGAGUCUAGUCAAAGCCAACGGAGGCAAAUUCUUCCAGACCAAUAACGCUGCCCCUGAUACGAUUUGCAUCGCAGACAGAAGAACGGUGAAAGCGGCAUCGCUGCAAAAAAGUGGUGAAGUCGAUAUCAUCCGGCCGUCCUGGAUCCUUGACUGUAUCAAACAGAGCGAAGUGGACGCUGGCCUUCCAGACUUCCUUCUUCCUCUUGAGCCAAGGCAUAUGUUCUUCACCACCAAAGACAAGGAAGAAAUAGUUGCAGGCAGCCUAGACCAGUUCAACGACAGUUAUACCCGCAACACCUCCAUUGAUGAAUUGCGUACCCUUCUGGAUCAGAUGGCAAAUGAGAAAGGCAAUAGCUCUUGCAGCCCUGAAGCCAUUAAUAAAGUCUCAGAACGCAUCCAAGAGAAGGUCGAUUCCGGAUGGACUAUGCCUUGCGGCUGGGUGUUCAAAGGACUGACUUUCUACUUCGCGGAGAAUGAGGGCGAUGCGGCCUCAGAGAGCCCUGAGCCUAAACAAGCACAUCGAAUUCAUCUAGCCCGGAAUACAGCCAUAUUCGCAAGCGCAAGUAUUGUGAGCUCGUUGAAGGACAAGUCCAUCACUCAUAUCGUCGUGGGCCCGGAUACCACAGCAUCUGAGAUCUCGAAGCUCCGCAAGACCAUCUCAACACGGCAGAAGCUUCCACAUAUUGUCAUGGUGAAUUGGAUUGAAGAGAGCUGGAAUGAGAAGACUCUUUUGGAUGAAGAACGUAAGCCACCUCUAGCAAUUAAUGCAAGCAAGUUGUCUAGUCUAAUGUGGUUCAAUUUGUUGGUUUAG